GAAUUGUCAUCAUUAAGGACACUAUUUGCACCACCCUCCCUAUUUACCCAAUUCAACUGAUAAGAUUGAAAGAUGUACCACAAAGAGAAGAGCAUCCAGAUCAAAAGCAGUGCAUCUGCGCUGUACAACAACCUGAGUGUGCUGCGCAUAGCCCCACGGAGCUUGACCUAUUUCACAGUGGUACACGCCAACAUGGUCAACAUGGUCAGUGCUUCUUGGGAUGGACUCAACUACUCCCAUCGCCAGCUGCAGUCCAAAGAGGCCAACGUCACUACCAGCUCCUCCCUCAUCAUGCAGGUAGAGUGUUAUUAGUGCUGGCCAAGAGGGUGUCAGUGGAUCAUGAAUGAUAUGGGUCUACUUUCUUCUUUCAUGUCCAUGUUAGAUAGACAUGAGUUGGUACAGUAUGUAAUCUUUUGUUGAAGGGGAAAUUUGCUGUCUCUCCUUUCAGGCAGCCUGGUGUGUCCUCCCAUCACGUGACAUCCUAGUGCUCACUUCUCAGAAAGGCAUCCAGGUGAGUGGAUUGUGUGUGUGUGUGCGUGUGUCACAGGAGGUUGUUGGCACCUUAAUUGGGGAGGACAGGCUUGUGGUAAUGGCUGGAGUGGAAUAGGUGGAAUGGUAUCAAAUACAUCAAAGACAUGGUUUCCGUGUGUUUGAUGCCAUUCCAUUCACUCCUUUCCAGACAUUAUUAUGAGCUGUCUUCCCCUCAGCAGCAUCCUGUGGCGUUUGUGUGGCAGUGGCCUUAUACAAUGGUGUCCGCUGUGUCUGCCUGUUGCUCAGGUAUUGACAGCUGUGUCUGUGUUCCAGAUGUAUGAGUCGGAUGGAUCCAUAAUGGUGUACUGGCACGCACUGGAAACGCCUGAGACCCCAACAGGUAAAUUCCGCACCAUAUACAAAUACUCAGUCUCCUCUAACCCUUACCAGUGCACACAAACCCAAGAGAGAUUCUUCCUUUGGAUAUGAAUGAGUUGCCCCUUUCUCUCUACCCAGUAACAGCUACAGAAGCUCUGCUUCAAGAGUCCUAUUUCUCUGUCUCUGCUGUCUGAUUGUCUGGUGGCCAUCUUUACCAUGGAGAGGUGUCUUUACCAUGGAGAGGUGUCUUUACCAUGGAAAGGUGUAUUUACCAUGGAGUGGUGUCUUUACCAUGGAGAGGUGUCUUUACCAUGGAGAGGUGUCUUUACCAUGGAGAGGUGUCUUUACCAUGGAGAGGUGUCUUUACCAUGGAGAGAUGUCUUUACCAUGGAGAGGUGUCUUUACCAUGGAGAGGUGUCUUUACCAUGGAGAGGUGUCUUUACCAUGGAGAGGUGUCUUUACCAUGGAGAGGUGUCGUUACCAUGGAGAGGUGUCUUUACCAUGGAGAGGUGUCUUUACCAUGGAGAGGUGUCUUUACCAUGGAGAGGUGUCUUUACCAUGGAAAGGUGUCUUUACCAUGGAGAGGUGUCUUUACCAUGGAGAGGUGUCUUUACCAUGGAGAGGUGUCUUUACCAUGGAGAGGUGUCUUUACCAUGGAGAGGUGUAUUUACCAUGGAGAGGUGUCUUUACCAUGGAGAGGUGUCUUUACCAUGGAGAGGUGUCUUUACCAUGGAGAGGUGUCGUUACCAUGGAGAGGUGUCUACCAUGGAGAGGAGUUUGUUGGUAUACUGUAUGUUGAGUGUGUGAGCUCAGAGGACUGUGAUGAUGAUAUAUCCUGAUCUCUACCCACAGCUCAGGCAGUGUUUGCUCGAGGGAUUGCAGCAGUGCGGGAAAAAUACAUCUGUGUGGGUAAGUACAGAAUGAGCACGGCAAGCCAGGCCUCUCUCUCAGGACAACCUGCAAUCACUUCACACCUGACAGGAUGUUGAAAAACCCCCUAGCCAAUUUCAUAUCUUUCUCCUCGUCUCUCGUCCACUCGCUUCGACUUCGAUCUUUACGAGAUCUUCAGUGAUCUCUUCUUAGUUCUGCUCUAUCUCCUCGUCUAUCCCGAGUAUCUUCUCUCUGUAGCCUUUUCUCUCUCUCUUCUCUCUUUUUUUUCUUCGUCUCUCUCUCUCUCUCUCUCUCUCUCUCUCUCUCUCUCUCUCUCUCUCUCUCUAUCUGCAGGCAUCUCGUCUGGCUCUAUGCUGGUGUUUGACGUCCCAAGUAAAGGCAGUAACAUCACCCUCUCAGAGGUGCUGGAGGAGCACAAGGAGUCCAUCACGGAUAUGGCCUCAGAAUGCUCCGGAAGCCUGGUACUAUGCACGCACACACACUAUGUCUGUUGUUAAUCUAGGAAAAGCAUUAUCCAUUUGGGGUCAAGUGUUAUGUUUGAUAAUAUCCGUAACCAUGUAGAACCGACAGACAGAUGAAUGUGUAGUUGUCUGUCAAUAUGCAUCGAUCACAGCUUUAGAUAUUGACCCUGUUGUUGAUGCUCUUCCUCCCCCAGGAGUGCAUAGCAGACAUGGUGAGUGCUGACGACUCUGGCAACCUCUGUGUGUGGAAGUCAGGAGAGGACUUCCAGCUGCUCAACAAGAUCCCUGGUUUUGAGUGAGUGAGUUACUGACUGUAGGAUCCUUUAACCACAGUUGAACUCCCUUCUUCAGAUAGGUCCGUAGAGGCCUUGUAGUUAUGGGUUCCUCUUGCCAUUGGCCUGAUAUGUGUGGAAAUGCUACCACUGACCUCAAUGCCUCUGCCCUCUUCUUGUCCCAGUAUGAGCUGCUCCUCAGUGAAGCUGUGGAAGGGCACCGUGGUGGCAGGCUAUGGCACAGGGCAGAUCCGUCUCUAUGAGGCCGUGACGGGGAUCGUCCAUGCAGAGGUCAACGCCCACGCACGCUGGAUCUACUCCUUGGACAUCGCCCCCUUCUCUGGCCUGGUGAGGUCAACACCAGAUGCAGUCAGGAUGGGGCAAUGAGAGGGAUUGGCAAUUUCCAUAUGACUAUCUAUCCAGACAAAGCACUGUGUUUAUCACCAGUUGUAUUGAAGAUGAUUUAAAGCAAGCUACUAGAGAUCCAUGUAGAAAGGCGAAACAUCUGAUUGUAAGGGGGUGAAUUCUGAUGCUAAUGGAUUAAUGUAAGGGGGUGAAUUCUGAUGCUAAUGGAUUUGUUUCCCUGUCUGUCUGUCUGUGUGUGUUUGUGCUCCAAGCUUCUGUCUGCUGCUGAGGACUCUCUGGUGAGAGUGUGGCAUCUGACGAUGACCCCAGAGACUAACAGUGUGGAGGUAACCUCUCAAACAACACCAGGGAGGGACCCCACUACACCACGCACACACAGACGGACAGACAUUGAUUCCCUCCCUCUCUCUCCCUCCAGAUCGUGCACAUGUAUAACGAGUGUGUGACAGACACACAGAUUUGCGGGGCUAAGUUCUGCGAUGGGGACGGCUACGCCUUCGCUGUGACGGGCUAUGACCUGAGUGAGAUCAUCCGCUACACACAGGCCUAAGAGCACUAGCACGCACCAUGGGAGAUAUGCAUGUAUGUGUGUGUGUGUGUGUG